AAAGGUUUCUAUUCGACACGUUCACAUACAAAGCACAGUGCAGCUGCCUUCGCUUCACAAGUAAGAUGCUCUUCUUGUGGUAUGUCUGUAGCUUGUGUUGCUUGCAUGCUGCUGCAUCUGUUCCCCGCUGGAUUCAUCCAAUCUGAGCAGAAGCCAACUGCAACACCCCCAAUGCAGGCAUACAAAAGAAAAGUGUAAUUGACUGAUGUUUUUUGCUCUGUUUUUUGGAGGGUGGAAAUCGGACUGUUGAGGCUUGGGUUUAACACUUUUGGGCAGAUUAGGCGGAGACUCGGAGUUCUGGCUAGAUGUAUAUGGGAUAGCUUGUAGAUAAUUACCAGAGAAAGGGAACGAGCCCUGACGUAUUGAUAAACCCUCUGUCCACUUAUGUUUCCCACGGGACCCAGCCUAUUCGCCGCAGAACGCCCUUUCACCUUGGAAGGAGAGUGCAGCCUGCCAUCCCAUGCCUUCCCCAACCCAAGGCCCCUAUGAGAGAGGCCUUUAAAGAGGAGGGGAUUUGAUCAAACAAUCCAGCUCUCUAAGCCAGGAUGGAGAGUGGACCAGGACAGGGAGCGGGGUCAGGCUCGAGCCAGGCUGUCGAGGCUGAGCCCCCCACCCAGCGGAUGACUUCUCCAAUCGGGAGAGGAAGGAAUGCAGGGCUGGCCUCCUGCAAGCACAAUGGUCUGAUCAACACCCGCAGCUUGAUGGUAGAGACUAAAGAAGGGCUGGUGUCGGUGUACUCGGCCCCCCAGUACCAGGGUCACAUGGUGGUCAACCUGUCCCCUCAGCAGGAGCAGAAUGGUCAGGGGGUGGGCGGAGGAGGGGGACCCCCACAGCUGCUCAACCCCAGCGCUCUGCCCCAGGGCAUGGACCCCCGCUUCAGGCCCAACCUGAUCCUGUACUCUGAAAACAUGCUGCGGGCCUGGGGGGAUGGAGGAGUCGGGGAUUGCUGUGAGACCACCUUCAUAGAGGACUUGACAUCCGGCUCCUCUGCUGCCUCCAAGGAUGGGCUGAUGUUUGCCGAUGGAAAGUUCCUGGAACUGUCUGUGAAGGAUGCAAAGAUCCAGACCCUGUCUUAUGACAUUGACGAUGAUGAUGAGUUCCAAGAGCUGGAGAGCGAGUACUCGAGCGACUCGGAGAGUGAGGACAACUUCCUCAUGAUGCCACCAAGAGACCACUUGGGCCUGAGCGUCUUCUCCAUGGUGUGCUGCUUCUGGCCCCUGGGGAUCGCUGCCUUCUACCUGUCCCACGAGACGAACAAGGCAGUAUCUAAGGGGGACUUCCACUUGGCCAGCUCCAGCUCCAGACGUGCCCUCUUCCUGGCUGUGCUGUCAAUCACCAUCGGGACAGGCAUAUAUGUGGGCCUGGCUGUAGCGCUCAUCGCAUACCUCUCCAAGAACCACCACUUGUAGCCUUGCCCUGGCCCCACCCCCUGCACUACAGGACUGAUUGCGCUGGGGGAGUGGUUCACUUGGGGGCAGUUUAACAAUGGAAUUUAGGCCUGCAAACUAUGGGACUAUCAGGAUGAACAGAACCUGGCCAUAUGGUUGACUCAAUUCAUGGGAUGUAACAUAAGAGGGUUAUGAUAUGGAAAAUAGUCUUGUAAUGGUCAAGUCAUUCUCUCAUUUUGACAAAGAAAAACUGUAAACUCUUAGUCGUUCCAUACGCAACUGAAUAUUUUGUUCUUCAGAUGUCUAAAACUGGUGUGUGAGUUUUACCAAGGCAAGACGCAUCCUUUGAGAGGUCAGACCAACCUGCACUAAAUAUGACCUGUACCAAGGGCAUAGUGUUCGUUUACGGGGCAUGCUCUCCGCUCUGUUAACAGUGAGUUGUGGAGUGGGCUGCUUUAUGUUCAGAGCUGUCACUCAUCCAUACAUUCAACCUGUAUACAUGUAUUCUACAUCACAUUGAAUUGAUCUGUGGAAGUCGCAUAGUAGACACUGCAGCUCACUUAUUAAGUAAGGUGAUGGUCUAUAUACUGCACUCUAAUACAGUAUCUUGGUGGUCCUAUUAUCUCAAGGGAGAACUGAUGUGUCCUCACGGCACAAUAUUUUUUAACACAUGCCACACACCUGAAAUGUGGAGCUUUGUUGUAAACCCUACGACAACAUGCUUUUGUGUUUCGUCAGGGAGAUCAAGUGCACAGGCUUGCAGCUCUCUGACAGAACCUGCUUACACAGAGAUACCUCCAUGUUGAUAGGCACAAAUCACUAAGGAAGAGAAAGCAGACGAGUCUUUGGAGGCAGAAGCCAUGCUGUAAAUACCUCGACACAUGCCAUAUAACUGCAAUAUUUUUUUUUUUGCAAUACUAUUUAUUUUCCUGUUGUAUACUGCUACUAUGUAUGGGCGGCACGUAGCCUAGCAGUUAAGAGCGUUGGGGCGGUAACCAAAAAGGUUGCUGGUUCGAAUCCCCGAGACGACUAGGUGGGAAAAUCUGUCUACGUGCCCUUGAGCAAGGCACUUCACCCUAAUUGCUCCAGAAUUGCCAUCAAUAAUGGCUGAUCUCUGGCUGUGACCCCACUUUCUGAGGGUGUCUCAGGGGGAGUGAGUUAUGCAAAAAACAUAUUUCCAAUUCACA